AUGAUUCUCUGGGGCCUCUGGCAAGGGAAGGGAAAGCCACAGUUUUCAACCUUUUUUGAGGUAUUUACUGAUGACCUUAUUGCUUUAAAACACAGAGGCUUUACUAUCAUGAACAAGUUUCAUCCAAAGCUGAUGCUUUCUUUAGGAACUACAGACCUACAAGGAAAGGCUUAUCUUCUGUCCAUGAGUCACCACAACGGUGUUUGUGGUUGCAUAACUUGCGAGGAAGAAGGUUUCACUACAAAGAAGGGUAAAGGACAUGUGCGAUGUUAUCCUUUUCGAGAUCCUCCUUCUACAUCACGAACCACUAGUAGUGUGCUACAGAAUGCCUUGUCUGCAGUGGAAAAUAACACAAGAGUAAAAGGAUUCUAUGAUGUUACUCCACUGGCAAAGCUCCCUUGGUUUGACCUUGUACUUGGCAUAGUUCCAGAUUAUAUGCAUGGUGUGUUGCUGGGAGUAACAAAACAAUUCCUAAACCUCUGGUUGUCUGCAUCAAAAUUUAAAAAGCCAUGGUUUAUUGGUAAUAAAACAAAAGCAAUAGAGAAAAGACUUAAAGACAUGAAGCCACCUGACUUUAUUCAAAGACUUCCUCGACAACUGGAAACAAGCCGUGCCUAUUUUAAGGCAUCUGAACUUCAAGCAUGGUUACUUUAUUACUCAGUUCCAUGUCUCAUUGAUAUCUUACCUCAAAGGUACCUUGAACAUUUUGCUUGCUUGGCGGAAGGUGUUUACAUAUUGCUUGGUGAUUGCAUAACACCAGACUUGCUUUCUCUGGCUAGAGAUCUUUUAUCCACAUUUUACAAGGAUCACCAAAUUCUUUAUGGAGAUAAUAACUGUAGUCUCAAUGUUCACAAUGUUGGGGCUCACCUUACAACAUACGUGCAAUCUUGGGGACCUCUAUGGGCAUGGUCUUGCUUUCCGUUUGAGGAUUUAAAUGGAGCCUUGCUGGAAAGUGUUCAUGGAACAGGGAAUCAAUGUCAGCAGCUAAUCUGGGUGUUGUAUGCUCAAAAUAGCCUAAGAGCCAACUGUCAUUUUAUAUUUGAUUCCUGAUAAGAAAAAAAGAUUGUUUGUGGAGAAAAUGCUUUCAGGAGAGAGGAGUCUGCGUAAUGUGAAAUCAGCCUCAAACUGUCAAAUUGCUGGAGCUCUGAGGAGGUGGACAGUCAAAGAGAACAUUUUUGAACAAGCUUCAUUAUUAUUGAACUUGAGUAAUUCAAGCAGUCCAGUCUUUCAGGAAGCUAAGCGUGUUAUUGUAAAUGGUCACAUUAUUUAUUCAAGAAUGUAUGAAAAGAUGAAGAAACAUUGUGGAUAUGCAGUUCUCAUUGAACAUGAAGGAGAAAAUUUCAUGGCCUUUGUACAGUAUUUUCUUUAUGAAAGUAACUCAAAAACUGUUUUUGCUGUUAUCAAACGGAUUCUUUUAGAUUUUGAAAAACCCUUUUUUGUCUGUGAGAAACCACGUCACCUUCUCAGAAUUGCAGGUGAAGAGGACGAACACAAAGUUGUUCCAGUGGAUUGUGUACUGGAAAAAAUCUUAUAUCUUUCAGGAAAUCCG